AUGGCGACCAGUUUCAAGAAGAAGGGGUCCCGUGGUCGCGCUGUUUAUCCUCCUGGAACAAGGCCGUCACUGCAUAAUAGUCAGCUGUUGAUAUCUUCUGGAGUACCUUCCAUGGAUAAUGUGGUUGGUGAGUUUAUUACUUGAAAGUAGACUCGUAUCUUCUUGACCUCUUUUCAACUCACUAGCUGCGCUAAAAAUUAACAUCAAGAAGAUAUAAAAAAGUCCCUCUUUACUCAUUCGUGAUACUUUUUUAGCGGAAUAGCCCUCGUACUUCUCGAAAUUUGUAUAUUAUAGGCAGUUUACCAGGGUGUAUUCUAGAAAUUGGCCAGUGAGGGUCAAAUUAGGAGGCCCUUUUUCAAGAAAGGGGGUCCCCCAAAAGUUGUUUGAACUUCUUGGUACAGACUGUUCCAUGAGAAAACGAACGUUUAUUGACGCUUUGCCGGCAAUUUUGGAACAUUCUGGGUAACUGAGUGGAGGCCUGUGUGGCAGAGUGGUGUGAUCCUCGAACUCUGGAUCUGGAGGCCCUGGCAUGUGUUCAAGCCUCAAAAGGUGUCGUUGUUUCCUUAGACAAGGAACUUUACUCCACUUUGUCUCUCUUCACGCAGGUGUAUAAAUGGGCACUGGCGACAUACUGCUGGGGGGUAACCCUGUUGUGGAGUAGAAUUCCAUCUAGGGGGGAGUAGCAGUACUCCUAGGUGCUUCAUAUGAAACCAGGAUAAGCUCCGGCCAUUUGGGCCUUUGGCUCGUGUGCACCUUUACCUUUACCUUAAAACCAGUGACAAUUUAUCUUUAGAUUUUAUAGCAGUGCUUCCCGAAGUCAUCCAUUGCACAUGCCCAUCCCACAAUUUUUGGGUCUCCAUCUCAAAUGUUCAACAAUGGUCUUGCAUAUUAGACUUUACAUUGGUUUGGUUUGUUUGUGUCUUCCUUUCAUUCCAAUCCGUUUACUUCUUUAAGAGUAUCAAGAAGAAAACCUGAAUUCGAUUACGACAAAUACCCCACUCCUGGUGCAGACCUUUGGUGUCAUACUGUAAAAUUCCGAAAAUAAGCCCCUCCAUGUAUGAGCCCCUCCAAAUAUCCCCCCAAACUCGUAAAGGAAAAAACCCUCCAUUAAAUCGCCCCUCGAAAUAUAAGUCCCUUGGGGGCUUGUACUUGGAAAUUGCCCUCAAAUACAAAGUAAAACAAAGCAAAAACGGUCAAUUUCCAUCCAACUACAAGGCUAGCUCAAUCGAUUUUGAAACCCAAAUUUCCCUCCGUAGAUAAGCCCCUCUGAAUAUAAGCCCCUCCAAAGAUAAACCCCUCAAAAAGGGCCUUUGAAAAAUAUAAGCCCUGGGGCUUAUUUUCAGAAUUUUACGGUAAUUCAUUAAUCCACAAGGGGAGUACCCCCGGGUGGCACUCAAGGGAAGUUUGGGUAGAGGUCAGGGUUAGAGGUGUGCUGCUGAGGUUUUUAAACACUGACUCUGUUUAAGACAAACACUACUCACGCAGGUUUUGGUAUAAAUGAGGCACAAUUCAUUAAAUGGCAGAAAAUAAGGCAAUUUUUAAAACUAGCAUACUCCUAGUUUACAUUUGAUCUUUGCAGCCUUUUGUCUUUUGUCUGUCAUUUGUAAACAAUAGCUAAAACAAUGUAACAAUUCCGUCAUCCGAUUAGCGCUUUUGACUGGAUUUCGGAAAGAUUUUACGUCAUUAGUAUGUAAUUUCUGUCGCUGAGUCAAAGACGUUCCUCCUCGGGAAAUGUCCCCAGCGGCGAGGAGCAAGGAGAAAUGACUGUUUUUGCAGGCUAAUACAAGUGCUAACUAGAAAAUUUUAAAAAUUCCUCUGUAGGAGGUGGGAUUGCCAUUGGAACCAUUUUCAUGGUUGGUAGGUGCCUUUUUUAUACUUAAAACUUACAUAUUAAAUAUUUCUAUGCCCAAAAUCACCUUAGAAAAUGCCUGUAUGGUACCCCAAUUUUUUUUUGUCAAGCCUAGAAUUCCUGAACCAAGUGCUGUCAUAAAGAGGCCUGGACUGGGGAUUUCACUUUCAUAGGCUACAAAUAACUAGUUGAACUUGCUAGCUGUUCAAUUCCCUGCCCAUAUUACUAGUGACAGUUUUAUUGUCUCUACCUGUUUUUCAGCUUGAAAUCUUAGCAACAACCCUUCCUAUAAACCCCUUAUUAAGAAACCAUACCAUGCCAUAAGGAACAUUUUAGCGUUGAGAGGUCACAUUUUUACCCUGUUAUAGAUUCAACUUACAAUAUAGGUGUACACUUGGCUACUUGGCAGGUUGCUAAAAUGUCAUUCACUGUCUCAAAAAGCCCUAUUUGCCAGGUGUCCUAAACACCAGUCAGUGUCAUUAUUGCUCAGUCAGUCAUUUUCAGCCGAGUUUAAUUUUAUAUGUAAAUUUAUAUGAAUUCCUGUUUUCUUGUUUAGAGGAAGAUAUUUACAGUUCUUAUGCAAGGCAACUUUCUAAGUAUUUUCUGGCUGAAGGAGUUGUAUGCGGCCAUGCCUUAUUCCUUGCAUCUGCUGAGCCAGAACCAAGCAAUAUUUUGAAGGUACAUCCAUAGCAUAUAAGCAAUAUUAUGGUACAUCUGCAGCCAUACCUUAUUAAUAUUUUUGUACCUCUCACAAGUGGAUAGCAUCGGAUCUUCUUUAACACAUGCAUUUUAAAUUGUAUGGAUACAGUCUUUCUUUAGAGUGCCAUGGUCUCAAGGUUGUCUAUAUAGUUCAUGUAAGAAAACGCAGGUAUUUUGCUCAAACAUUUCAAGGAAUUCUUCAUUACAAUAAUAUAUGGUUUUCUUUAUUUCCUUUUAAAAUAGGAUCUUCCACAACAGACAGAUGAGGCAGACACCAAAACAACAGUCAGUAGUGAACAGGGACAAAGGAUACCAUCAACAGAUCAAUCAAUGAAGAUUGCAUGGAGAUAUCAAAAUCAGCCCAAAUUUGAAGUGAGUUUGGCUGUAGAAAUAACUUGUUAACUAAAUGAUAGUAAUGCCAACCUGUCAGUACAAUAUUCAUUAUGAAGACUAUGGUAACAGUUCUAAAUUUUUAUUUGAUUGGAAUCAUAUACUGCCACCAUUCAAAAGGAAUGGUCAGACCAUAGGAUUCAUAAAUGUAAUGAUUACAUUUAAUUCUUUCAGCAGUACAUGUAAAUUCCUCCUGGUGGCAUGAUAUCACAGGAAAAAAUAACAGAUUCCCAUUUUUGAAUAUUUUAGGGUAUUUAAAGAAUACCCACAAAAAUCCCAAAUUUGGAAGAGUGAGACAAGUCUCAACCAGGAAACUUGGUUGGGAAUUCCCUGGUUGGGACUUGUCUCACUUUGCCAAAUUUGGGAUUUUUAUGGGUAUUCUUUAAAUACCCUAAAAUAUCCAAAACUGGGAAUCUGUUAUUUUUUCCUGUGUAUAAUACCAAAAAAUUGGUUUUACUUCCUGUAUUAAACUUAAUAAUAAAUUAUUAUUCACCAUUUUUUGUGAUUUUUCUUGAAUUUUUUCUUUUGUUACUAUCAGGAAAGAAAAGGUCAAGAAUUUAUAUUUUAGUUUUUGUAUACAGCAUAUCCCUGUGUUUUUUAAUAAAGGCUUAUUCUAGUUGUCACUCCUUGCCUGCUACCUGUACUUGGGCCUACAGAUGUAUAUUUCUAUCCUCAAUAAUACUCUUUUAAUAUAUAAUUAUGUCACAAUAGUCUUCACCAUCUUCUGUGAAAUUUGGGCACUACUUUGAUUUGACAAGAACCAUGGAUGAUCAGAAGGUUUCCUCUGUUCCCAUUCACACGUUCAGUGUAAACAGUGAAAUGUCAAAGUGUCUUGAAUGUUCUACAGCAGAAAAAAGGUAUGUUAACAGUUUUUUGUUGAUUUUAUUAUUAUUCUCCGAACAGUUGUACCAACGGCUGUCAUUUAAAUUUAAUCAUUCAGUGUAUCAUGCAGUUAGUACGUGAGGAAUUGAACGGCUAAAAAAUUAGGAAGUCCAUUUGGUUCUUAACCGAUUUGCCCCUGAGAAUUUAGGCCAGAAGUGUGUUUUGAAGCAAGUUCAGUGGUUUUCUGGUCACUGUUGUGCUAUAAAGAGCUAAAACUUACACAAAGCCAAUUAGAGGUUGUACACUUUGCAGCCAUCUGAUCCAAAUACGUCUAAAUGUUGUAUUUACCCAGCAACUUGAAAUCGUAGUUACAUCUGUGAGCCUGGGUCCAUGCUUGUCAUUGCCAAGGAUACUCCUCAGCCCCCAUCUCCUAGUGACAGCUCUGUGUAUCCCAUGUAAGCACCAUAUAAACAAAGGUUAAAUGUUUAUAGGCUAUAAUUGUUAUCUUCAUCACGAGAGAUGCAUGGAAAGUUUGUCAGCAAGGUCUACAGCCAUAGUUAAUCCGAGUUGGCAAAGGAAGGGAGGGCAUGUGGAAAUUUAAACAGAUGUACACUAUAAUUGAAGACAGAAAGUUUGUCGGAAAUGUUGUCUACAGUAAAUAGUAUUAAAUUUAUGAAUUUCAAUGAAUGUAUAGAGGACCUUCUUAAUUUGUUUUUUGGCAAAAUGGUACAUUUUUGUAUUAAGACGAUCAGCAGUAAAAGUAUAAAGAAGGAAAGGAUGCUGCCAAUUGAAUGUUUAAACGUUGUUCAAGUUCGUGAAUGUCAGUAAUGUUGUUUUCAUUAAAUUGGUAAUUUGGUGGUUCUUUUGACUAAGAAUGAACCAUUGGUCUUCUGAUUUGUUAGAUCAAGUCUUCAGGCCGGUAUAUAUAGCACUCUGAUCUCCAAAGUAAAGUCUAUCAUCAGGAAUGGAGGAUUCACAACAUCAGAUAAAGGGGUAUAUAGCUUGAAAUAAUUAUUUUACAUCUAACCCUUUUAGCCCUGAGAUCUACAUACAAACUCUCUAGAGUGGUCUCCAUACAUUUUCUUAAGAAUUAUUUGAAGGUAUUUAAACAUUUUCCUUAAGAUAAUCAUUUUAUUAAUUCUUAUAACCUGUCCUUUUGACUGUGCAUUGAUAUUGUUAGCAGAAAAUUGAUGUUGAUAAUUUUAAUAUUUUACUAAUAAUUACAUAUGUUGUGUUUCACAUAUUGUUACUUAGUUUAAAAUUUCUCAAACGAGUUUAAUUUUUGGUUCCUUCUGUCUCAAAUUAUGUUUAUCAUCUGAAACAAAGGAAAUUAAACAAAACUAAAUUGCUUUGAAAAUUUUUAAACUAAAGAAAAAAUUGAACCACAGAAUACACAUUGUACCUUGCACUUCAAAUAGCAGUUGUCUCGUGACCUUGUGUGAUUACAUUAAUUUAACUGGCUUGCAUUUAGAGCUAUUGUUGUUUUAAAUCGGCUAAUAUUUGGCUUUUUUAAGCUUGAAACCGCUCAAUCCUCGAGUAGGUUUUUUUGCUUAAUACUUUAUUUCAGAUUAUAUGUUGUAGUUAAUUUUUUCUGUCAGGUAAUUUUUAUUUUUCCUCUGUUUCAACUUGAUUAGCGUACAUUGCCAUACCAAAAAACAAAAGAAAAACAAAAAUUACCUGAGAAAAAAAAAUUAACUUCAACAUAUAUAACGUGACAAACAUUUAGCAAAUAGGGUGACAACUAACAUCAAACUAGAACAUGGUUCGUACAACUUCAGAGAAACAAAAUUCAAGGACUUUUCAGGGACAAAUUACAGGCUUCAAGGUCUAAGAUUUAUUCAAUAAAUUGGCAUUCUUUGACCCCCUUUUAAACACCUUACUGGCUAAAACACUCAAUGGCGUCAUUUACGUUUUUUACAUCUUCAGCCAUAUUUGAUCAUCUCUCACAUUAUGUUUUACUACUUUCCGUAACAACACCACUUUGCAACAUGAUAACAGUCACUGGCUAUGACUUGCGGUCUGAGAUACUAGAACGGUGGAUCUCUAGAUCGCCAGAUAAGUGAAUUUGUCGAUCGCUAUAUCGGUGGAUCGGUAGAUCUGUAGAUCACUAGAUCAGUGGAUCGAUGAAUCGCUAGAUCGCGUGAACGGUAGAUUUGUAGAUCGCUAGAUCGGUGGAUGGAUAGAUCUGCAGAUCGCUGGAUCGGUGGAUCUGUAGAUCGCUAGAUCCAUGGAUCGGUAGAUCGCUAGAUCGGUGAAUCUGUAGAUCGUUCGAUCGGUGGGUCGAAAGAUCUGUAGAUCGAUAGAUCGGUAACCAGGCAGAUCGCUAGAACAGUGGAUCUGUAGAUCGCUAAAUCGAUAGAUCGAAAGAUCGCUGGAUCAGUGGAUCUGUAGAUAGCUAGAUCUGUGGAUCGGUAGAUCGUUAAAUCUAUAGCUGUGUAGAUCUGUGGAUCGGUAGAUCACUAGAUCGAUAAAUCUGUAGAUCGCUAGAUCAAUGGAUCGCUAGAUCCGUGUAGAUCGCUAGUCCUUUGAAGAGGCAGAUCACUAGGUCGGUGGAUCGGUGAUCGAUGGAUCGCUAGAACACUGGAUCUGGUGAUCGCUAGAUUGGUGGAUCUGUAGAUCGCUAGAUCGAUGGAUCGGUAGAUCGAUGGAUCUGUAGAUCGUUAGAUCGGUUGGUCGAUAGAUCUGUAGAUCACUUGAUCGGAGGACCGGUAGAUCGAUGGAUCGCUAGAACAGUAGAUCGCUAGAUCGUUUAAUCGUUUAAAUUGCCCAAGGGACUCUGCUUCCCUCAAGUUACAAGGAAGACUGUUCCAGAGAAUGGCGCCACUAUAGCUGAAGCUGUUUUUGUAAUAGUUUGUGUGCGGUAAUGAAACAUUGCGUUUAUUUUCUGAGUCCCUUAGGUUGUAUGCGACUUCUCGCCUUUCAAAUUUAGAACUAAGAUAGUUUGGAGCCAACCAGUGCAGAGACCUGUAAACCAUCGUAGCUCUUUGAAUUUGUUGCUGGCAAGCCAGGUUUUUCCACCCUAGAAGUUUGAAAAGGUGACCAGUAUCAACGUCAUAGCUUGAGUAGGUCAAAACACGGGCUGCUCUGUUUUGUAGCUUUUGAACCUUAUUCUGUAAAGUUAUCCCACAGUUUCCCCAAACAAUGUUGCAAUAAUCAAAGUGUGGCUGUAUUAAAGAUGAUGAUGAAUCGGUAAAUCACUAGAUCAGUGCAUCUGUAGAUAGCUAGAUCGGCGGAUCAGUAGAUCGCUAAAUCUAUGGAUCUGUAGAUCUGUGGAUUGGUAGAUCACUAGAGCGAUGGAUCUGUAGAUCGAGGAUCGAUAGAACGCAAGAACAGUGGAUCUGUAGAUCGCUAGGUUAGUAGAUCUGUCGAUCGGUGGAUCUGUAGAUCGCUAGAACAGUAGAUCGAUAGAUCGAUGGAUCGCUAGAUCGCUUGAACGGUGGAUCUGUAGAUCAGUAGAUCGCUAGAUCGGUGGAUCGAUAGAUCUGUAGACCGCUAGAUCAGUGGAUCGGUAGAUCGAUGGAUCGCUAGAACGCUUGAACUGUGGAUCUGUAGAUCGCCAGAUCGGUGGAUCGAUAGAUCGCUAGAUCAGUGGAUCUGUAGAUAGCUAGAUCGGUAGAUCGCUAAAUCUAUGGAUAUGUAGAUCUGUGAAUCGGUAGAUCACUAGAUCGAUGGAUCGAUAGAGCGCUAGAACGCUGGAUCUGUAGAUCGCUAGAUCAAUGGAUCGCUAGAUCGCUAGAUCGGUGAAUCUGUAGAUCGUUGGAUCAGUGGGUAGAUAGAUCUGUAGAUCGGUGGAUCGGUAGAUCUGUAGAUCACUAGAUCAGUGGAUCGAUGGAUCGCUAGAUCGCUUGAACGGUAGAUUUGUAGAUCGCUAGAUCGGUGGAUGGAUAGAUCUGCAGAUCGCUGGAUCAGUGGAUCUGUAGAUGGCUAGAUCCAUGGAUCGGUAGAUCGCUAGAUCGGUGAAUCUGUAGAUCGUUCGAUCGGUGGGUCGAAAGAUCUGUAGAUCGCUAGAUCGGUAACCAGGCAGAUCGUUAGAACAGUGGAUCUGUAGAUCGCGAAAUCGAUGGAUCGGAAUAUCGCUAGAUCAGUGGAUCUGUAGAUAGCUAGAUCUGUGGAUCGGUAGAUCGUUAAAUCUAUAGCUGUGUAGAUCUGUGGAUCGGUAGAUCACUAGAUCAAUGGAUCGCUAGAUCCGUGUAGAUCGCUAGUUCUUUGAAGAGGCAGAUCACUAGGUCGGUGGAUCGGUGAUCGAUGGAUCGCUAGAACACUGGAUCUGGUGAUCGCUAGAUUGGUGGAUCUGUAGAUCGCUAGAUCGAUGGAUCUGUAGAUCGUUAGAUCGGUUGGUCGAUAGAUCUGUAGAUCACUUGAUCGGAGGACCGGUAGAUCGAUGGAUCGCUAGAACAGUGGAUCUGUAGAUCGCUAGAUCGAUGGAUUUGUAGAUCGCUAGAACAGUGGAUCUGUAGAUCGCUAGAUCAGUAUAUCUGUAGAUCGCUAGAUUGGUGGAUCUGUAGGUCGUUAGAUCGGUGGGUUGAUAGAUCUGUAGAUCGCCAGAUCGGUGGACAGGCAGAUCGCUAGGUCGAUGGAUCGUUAGAACAGUGGAUCUGUAGAUCGAUGGAUCUGUAGAUCGAUAGAUCGAUAGAUCUGUAGUUCGAUGAAUCGGUAGAUCACUAGAUCAGUGCAUCUGUAGAUAGCUAGAUCGGUGGAUCUGUAGAUCGCUAAAUCUAUGGAUCUGUAGAUCUGUAGAUUGGUAGAUCACUAGAGCGAUGGAUGUGUAGAUCGAGGAUGGAUAGAAUGCAACAACAGUGGAUCUGUAGAUCGCUAGAUUAGUGGAUCUGUCGAUCGGUGGAUCUGUAGAUCGCUAGAACAGUAGAUCGGUAGAUCGAUGGAUCGCUAGAUCGCUUGAACGGUGGAUCUGUAGAUCAGUAGAUCGCUAGAUCGGUGGAUCGGUAGAUCGCUAGAUCAGUGGAUCGGUAGAUCGAUGGAUCAGUAGAUUGCUUGAACUGUGGAUCUGUAGAUCGGUGGAUCGAUAGAUCUGUAGAUCGCUAGAUCAGUGGAUCGGUAAAUCGAUGGAUCGCUAGAACGCUUGAACUGUGGAUCUGUAGAUCACUAGAUCGGUGGAUCGAUAGAUCUGUAGAUCGCGAGAACAGUGGAUCUGUCGAUCGCUAGAUAGGCGAUCGAUAGAUCUGUAGAUCGCUAGUUUGGUGGAUCGCUAGAUCGGUAGAUCUGUAGAUCGUUAGAUCGGUGGGUCGAUAGAUAUGUAGAUCGCUAGGUCGGUGGACAGGCAGAUCGCUUGAGCACGUGCUACCAAGAUGGCGGCGUUUUCAGAUAUUGCGGUGUUGUAUUUGUUGUGGACCCCGUUCAAAGCAGAAUACUUCAAAAUAUAAAACAAAAACUGUUGUUACAUCAAAGGUACUUGAAAUUCUGGGGUUUCAUUUUAGGAUUACAGACUAUACAUUUCGACUAUAGUCAUUUGUUAAUACGAGAACGAUGCGAUAUAGAUCGCAACGAUCGAUCGAUAGAUCGUAAGAUAAAGAUGUUGGUCACAAGGUAAACUUACACUUGUAUAAAUGUGUAGGCGAAACAACUCAGAUCAUGUAGGCGAAUCGACGUCAGUGUAGGCGAAUCGACUUGUAGGCGAAACGACUUGUAGGCGAAACGACCGACAUCCGAUCGGAGUAUCGGUAAAUCUCUAAAUCUAUGGAUCUGUGGAUCGGUAGAUCACUAGAUCGAUGGAUAUGUAGAUCGAUGGAUCGAUAGAGGGAUAGAACGUUGGAUCUGUAGAUCGGUAGAACAGUGGAUCUCUAGAUCGAUGGAUUUGUAGAUCGAUGGAUCGGUAGAUCGCUAGAUCAGUGGAUCUGUAGAUAGCUAGAUCCGUGGAUCGGUUGAACGUUAAAUCUAUGAAUCUGUAGAUCUGUGGAUCGGUAGAUCACUAGAUCGAUGGAUAUGUAGAUCGAUAGAUCGAUAGAGCGCUAGAACGAUAGAUCUGUAGAUCGGUAGAUUAGUGGAUAUGUUGAUCGGUAGAUCGGUGGAUCGAUAGAUCUGUAGAUGGCUAGAUCACUGGAUCGGUAGACCAUUGUUUGGUAUCCUCCAAGAUAUGGGAUGGGAUACCCUUGAUCAAAGACGCUUUUAACAGCUCGCAAGAAGUGUUUUUAAAUCUUUAAAUAACCUUUACCUUAAGAGUUUAAAGAACGUCAUUAAUUUCAACGUCCGGGGUUCAUUCCACGAGGUGCCCCGAACAUUGUUUUUGUACCAAGGCGGGCUUUUAGCUUUUGGGGUCAGUCAUGUGGAAUGGCCUAGAAAAUGUGCUUAAAGGCGAGAUAAAUCUCAACUCUUUCAAGUCUGCCCUGUCUUUGCCUUGAACAAGGGAUUGCUUUUUGGGAGUUGAGAUAGAACUUAUUUUAGUGAUAUAAUCUACAUUAAUGGUUGAUUGAGUUUUGUGUAAUUAAUUCUAGGAUAGAUUUUCUUAAUAUAUAGAUAUUUUUUUAGCAUUAGUGUAGUUUCUCUGAAAAUUUUGUUACGUAAACGGCUCAUUGGAAGAGCAUUUUUAAUGAAGUAAUACCGUAUUAAAAUAAAGCUUGAUUGAUUGAUUGAUUGAAUCGCUUGAACGGUGGGUCUGAUUCAAUUGCUUUUCAAGGCUUUUUCUUGAAAUCCAGGACUUUUCAAGACGACUACUUAAAUUCAAGACCUUUUUAUGGUUAUACGAACCAUGUAGAAUACAAAAACUAGACGGGAAAAACUAGAAUGUAAAGACUCAAGAUAAAAGAAAAAAUAACUAGCACUAACACUAACGCAUAAAGAUUACCUGUGCUUUGACUGGCUUGCAUCUAGAGGUAUUGUUGUUUUCAGAGUAAAUCGGCUAAUAUUUUGCUUUUUUUAGCUUGAAAACAGAUCAAUCCUGAGAGUAGUUCUCCAAGGAGUUGGUUCAGCACUGUGGGGUGAAGACCAGCAUGGUCCUUAUUUGUCCAGGUUCCUUUUCCAGCUUCGUGCAGUGAUGCGCUCAGCUUUGGCUGUUUGUUUCAUUACAGUUCCGACCCACUUGUUUCAGGUAAUUUAGUAUUAGAGGACUUAUUGACGAAGACGACCCUGUGGGCGAAAUUAUCUACCCAAUACUUAACUCAAUACUUACAUAAUAGCGGUGCGCGUGCGUGAACCAGAGGCAUUUUGGCGGGAAAAUGUGGUAGCCGUCGUCAUUCUUACGAGUUGUAGCGAUAAUGUCGUAAUGGCGGAAACCAAUGGUCAAAUGUCAGACGUUUUUUUUCAUUUUGCAAUGGAAAAAGGUGCUAACCGCCUUCGAAAGAAAGAAAGCAAAAUGAAGCUUUUUUGGAGAAUACGUGAAGAAAGCUUUUUUUAUUAGUUCAAAUCCGGUCCUUGCAGUCGUCCUUUUCCUCGAAUCUAAAGGUACGGGUAUUUAUCGAUAAAACCGUUCACUGCCAUUGGGAGAACAGCAGCCAAAGAGAGAAGUCUGAAGGGAGAAUUUUAUAGCCUACGUAGCGGUCUUUCAAGUUUCCUUUUGGCCACAAAGGCUAAGAAUGUUACAGCCUUUUUUUGUGCCUACCGUCCUUUAGAAUCAACUCCAGAAGAAUUUCCCAACAUAAAACAAAUUUUAUAAAACGGAACAAGAGUAAUAAAGUAUGGACUUUACGAUCCAACGACGACAUGACGGCAACGAGAACGUCGCUCGAAAAGUGAAUUUGCAUUCUUUCAUUCUUUGUCGCAGUUAUUCCUAACCACUUACUUUGUCAAAUGUAGGCGAACCCUCCUGGAGUUGAAUUCCUAGGGACCAUAUCAAACUUCAGAAAGAGAAAUAAGAUUUUGUCGUUGCUUGUUUACGUACUCCAUAAAACUCGAAAUUAGGCAUUUUCAUGUCGUAGUCGUGCAAAAACGGGCAAAGAAAUACACAAAAAAGCGAGAUGCACGUGCAAAGUUGUUGUUUUGCUGAUAAAACCUAUUGUUUUUUGACGUUGUUGUUGCCGUCCGCGUCGUCACUAAUUUGAAACAGCGCGAACUCGCUUUCUAGGUGACGUUUUCCUGCCAUUGCUGUUGCCGUCGUGGUUGCUUAAGCUCCCUAAUGACAAAACGAGUGAUGAAGAUGAUAAUGAUGAUGAUUGAUGUUAAUGAUGACUAUAGCCACCACUGGUUUUCCCUCGAAAUCAAGUCUGAGGAACGAGCGCAGAAAUUCCAUUCUGAUGACGUUCACUACGCAGAUCUGGGAAAUAUUUCUGAUUGGUUGUGCCGCGUGGGAAUCUGGCCUUAACCAAUCAGAAGCGCUAUCCAGACCUGAGUAUUGACAAGUCAUCAGUAUGGAAUUGCUAUGCUCGUUCCUCAGACGUCAUAAUUUCGCGGGGAAACCAAAGCAAUCUCGUAGUAGAUGUAACUUUGCCUUGAGAACCACCGAUGGUGUCGUGUGAACAAAACCUUCGGUUUUCGGGACAUUAACUUAAGUGAAGGAGUAGUUUGGAUAUAUAAAUUCAUUCCAAUACACUGUUUUGUAUUGUAGGAUACAGCACUGACUCGGCGUGUUGAGAGGCUGUGCGACACUGUUGUGAAGUUGGAAUCGUUUGUUGGCUCUGAAAACGAAACAAACCCAGUUUACAAACAUUACCAUGGUAAAUAUGUAUAUUUUAUUACAUCACAUUAGGAACCUUCAGAUACACCGUUUUUGCCCACGGGACGGUUAAGCAAAAUGUUCGCCACGCAUUUGUUUGAAAGGAGAGAACAAUAGAGCGUUUUCACCCACGUGUCCAGAAUCUAUGCAAAUUUAUUGGAACAAAAGAAAGCGUUUACAUAAGAAAAGAGUUCAACUCCCACAGGAAUGGUUUGGAGCACUAAUAUGGCCGCCGUGACGUCAUGUGAAAACGCUCUAUUUCCCAGAUGCCGCAAUGCCAUCAUCGUUCAACCGGGUGGCAAAGCCGCUUCUCCGUGGUAAGAGGCAAUGUACCCCUAGUUACUAGAACGGGUGGGGCAGGUAAUUUACCUGUAAACUGAAACGGUUGAUCUUAAGGUUUUAGAUGUUGCAGUUUUGCAGAACGGUAACGGGAUGAGUUGUUAUAACUCCAUUGUUUUUAUUUUGGUGCUAGGUCUUUUCCACAUCAUUCGGCUUCCUCGGUUAAACUCUCUGGUGAGUCACGUGCCAGAUUCAUUCGACCUCGCCUUCAAACUGAGGAGGAAGAAGAUGAGCAUUGAGGUAAAGUUAGGGUUUUUAUUUUGCAAUCAUUUGUGGCAUUCAUUUUACUGGCCGCUUAAAAUAGCGAUUAAAAGUGAAGGGCACCCGAUAGCAUGGUAUAUCUAGUUAUUAAAUCUGCAAUCGCUUAGUCCCUGACCUAUCGCUCAAGUUAUAAAACUGGUUUAGUAGUCUUGAAAUUAAGUGUUUUUGUCUCCAUGCGAAUCGUGUGACGUGAAUCGCGAAUCGUGAUAAAUCGAAUAGGGGCUUGAUCUGUAAACCGCGUCCUCUCUUUGACCAUGUUUACGUACUUUGAGCUAAAUUACCUCACUCGAGGGCUAGCGAGGAGUAACUUUUGGGUGAAUGCUGUGCCUCUUUAGUAGAACCUCGCAGAAAUGAGCCUUCAAAUGCGUUUUAAAGACCCAAUCAAAGGAAGAGAUUCCCUCGGAUGGUGAAGAAACAUUGCAUUACUUUCUAAGACAGUAUCAACCCUUAGUCCUACCAGUCAAUGGGCCUUGUUAUCAUCAAUCCCUUGCAACUUUCAUUUGCGGAACGGCUACUCGCGACCUAAAGAUUAUACGAAACAAACUACUGAAAGAUCUGGUACCAAACGUCAGGUAUCAUCAAACUACUACAAGACAAGUAACUACUGAUACUUAUGGUAACAACCUUCAGCCAUCACAGACUGUCCUCGUAAGGAGUAUGAUACAACUGCUAGUUAAAACUAGACAGACUCUCUAACUGAUCCUUGCGGUAGCACAAACCGAUCAGUUCCUGACAACAGUCCUUUUAAGGACUAUUACACAACUGCUAGAUGAACGAAGCAAACUCUCUAAAUGAUCCUUCCGGUACCAAACACUGAUCAGUCACUGACAACAGUCCUUUUAAGGACUAUUACACAACUGCUAGAUGAACUAGACUGACUCUCUAACUGAUCGCUCCGGUACCAAACACUGAUCAGUCACGGCCAGUAGUCCUUUUGAGGGCUGUUAAUGCCUUGACCAUCAAACUGGGCAAACUACCGAUACCCUUAGGCUUAGAAAUUGAAUCUCUGAGAGCUUUGUACAACGGCUAAAUGACACUAGGCAAACCACUGAUACUUUUUGUAUCAAUCAUAAGUCACCGUUAAUAGUCCUUUUGGGGACUAUUCAUGCCCAUAAAAUCGUAAUAUACAAUCUACUGAUACUUCAAAUAUUAGUCACCAACGACAGUCCUUUUAAGGGCUACUUUUGCCCAGAUCAUCAAUCCAGACAGUGGAGGUCUCUGGCGUCAAAAAUGAAUGAGAACAGUUGUUUAGGGUGCUAUUAUCAGCAGGACGAAUACAUGGUAGUUAGACCAUCAAGUCUUAAGUUUUAAGAGCUAUAUUAACGCGGUGAUUUGGCAUGUUUCCAUAGAAACUUCACCUUCCCCCAGACCUCUCGGAAACUGUCAAUAGGGCGCAGGAAGACUCAGUGCGUGGGAAGCCUGGAUCCCUCUCGUGUCAGUCCACAAAAAGCCUGCUAGACUUCUGA